AUGGAUCAAGCACCAGCCAAAGAGGUGACAAUCGAGAACAAGCGUUCCUGCUCCGGCGAAGACUGCGCCAACGAUGCCGGCAACCUCCAAUGCCCGACCUGCCAGAAGAUAGGCAAAGAAUCCUUCUUCUGCGGUCAAGACUGCUUCAAGAGGAACUGGAGCACACAUAAGACCCUUCACAAAGCCCAAAACAGUAUGCUCUCCAACCUCAACCUCACCCGCCCCAAAGUCAUUUCUGAACCAGAUGCAGAUGGGCAUUUCAACCCUUUCCCCUCUUACCCUUUUACUGGACCUUUGAGGCCGAAUUAUCCGCUGAGUCAGAGGAGGGAGGUGCCGGAGAGGAUACGGAAGCCGGAUUAUGCUAGUCAUGGCAUCCCGAAGAGUGAGCAGGCCUUUGUUGGAAGGAGAACGAUCAAGGUACUUAAUAAGGAGGAGCAGGAGGGUAUGAGGAAGGUCUGUCGGUUGGCGAGAGAGGUGCUUGAUAUUGCGGCACGGGAAGCGAAGCCUGGAGUCACGACCGACCACAUCGAUAAGGUGGUACAUGAUGCUUGCACGGAGAGAGAUUCCUACCCGUCACCACUCAACUACUGCCACUUCCCCAAAUCCGUCUGCACAUCACCAAACGAAGUCAUCUGCCACGGCAUCCCCGACCAACGCAUCCUCCAAGACGGCGACAUCCUCAACAUAGACGUCACCCUCUACCACGGCGGCUUCCAUGGCGACCUCAACGAAACCUACUACAUCGGCGCCUCCGCCUCCCAAAACCCCGACAACGUCCGCGUAGUAGAAGCCGCCCGCGACUGCCUUUCCGAAUCCAUCAAACUCGUCAAACCUGGCGCACUCUUCCGUGACUAUGGUAACACGAUAGAAAAAGUCGCCAAGUCCCGCCAAUGUGGUAUAGUGAAAACUUACUGCGGGCACGGGAUCAAUCAACUCUUCCAUUGUGCGCCGAACGUCCCGCAUUAUGCGAAGAACAAGGCGGUCGGGGAGGCGAAACCGGGCAUGUGUUUUACGAUCGAGCCGAUGAUUACGUUGGGGAGUUAUAAGGAUAAGACUUGGCCGGACGAUUGGACGAGUGUUACGGUUGAUGGGUCGAGGACGGCGCAGUUUGAGCAUACGUUGCUUGUUACGGAGGAUGGGGUGGAGAUUUUGACGGCGAGGUUGGCGGAUAGUCCGGGUGGGAAGGUGGAGAUGCCUGGGGAGGUGGUGGCGAAUGGGCAGGCUAAUGGGACGAGCUGA